ACAACAUGGCCCAGCACUCGGUGCCGCCUUUAGUCUCACAAUCGAUCCUGUUGCUGUUUGUUCCGUUGGCGUGUGCUCAUUACUCUAUUCCGGCGACAGAAUUUACGUAUGGUUCCUUCACGUCCGAUCUUAAGAUCUGCUAUUCGAGCUCGAUCAAUUCACAAGCAAUAAGUGUGAAGCCUGUUACGCGUACGUUCAGCUUUAUACCUGAUGUCUUUGAUACGGUGCGAUACAUUCAGAUCAUGUCACCUGACCUCAAAAAGUUCUACGCACAAAUCGUGAACGGUGGUAUCGGAACAGGCAUUCUUUCGUCAACGGAUAUUGCCGUUUCAUCGGUCCACGGAGGACUCCUGAAUGUGGCCGUCCGGAUCUUUUGCAGUUCUCCGCCAGUAGCAAAAUAUGAUCAAAACUACGAGAUUUUCUCACCGACGUUUAUCAAAUGCUACACUGAAACAGUAUAUUCCACCAGCAACACCAAUAUGCCAACAGAUCGCAGUGUUUCUUACACCCCACCGCCCGGUCCGUUGAAGAUUCAACACAUAAAGGUAGUAAGUUUUGCGCAAAAUUUUAUCACAUCCUCCUUAACAGAUGGCGGUAUAGGAACGGGUAAUCCUACGAUAACCACGGUUGUGGUUAACUCUGCGGAAGGUAUACCAUUCAAAUCAACUGUUACAUUUUUUUGCGCCCCAUAAACAGCGCAGUUAGUAGAGCGCUCUGCAUGGCUUCUCUACGGAAGAGCAAAGCCGUUAUGAUCUUCACUUUCAAGGAGCGCUCCAAAUUCAGGACGAACCGGUUCACCAGCCACUUAGUUUCUCGAUUCCACCAAAACCAUAAACUGGGACGCUUACCUUCAAAACUUACCACCACCCAAAAACAUAACAACCUGCAUUGACCUAAUUUCCGAUGCAGUGAAACAAGGAGAAAAAGACGGCAUAAUUAUUUUGGAAACCAGCGCUUGACACGCACAUACACACACAUGGUCAAGUACACACGGAAUGGUCAAGAUCAAAGAGAAAGCAGAGCGCGAGCGUCUUGUGUUUUUGGUAGUGAAUAAAAAAACAAGAAAAGAAGUACCCUUAUGGGUGUUGUUCUGAAGUCCUCAAUAAACUGUGUCCGACCUGGAAGUUGCCCGGUCAUGCGC